ACUCGACUCUGUCUGUAUAUACAGUCUUCCCUGCCAUUGCAAAGCAUUGCACUUUGUCCGACACUGCCGUCCGGUACUGCGCCACACUCCGUUGCCCGCGUUUCAGACCACAGCUAUUAACCUCCGCGUCACCGCCGCGAGACUGAAUACUGAUACAACCCACAGCCGGGAAGUAUUGGUUCGACAGCAAUCAUGGCCGACGAUGAAGGAGCCUCACCCCGCGAGCUGGUCGUGGAAGCCUGCCGCCGAGAUCAGCCACACCUGAUCGAGCAAGUCCUGGACAGCAUGAACGAGAAAUCAAAUGAGGAAGUGGCACAGUUCUUCAAUCAAGUGACAGAUGCCUUGGGAAACCACGCAUUGCACAUCUGCGCAACCUACGGCAGUUACGACGUGAUGGACGCCCUCUUUGACAUCCAGUACUUCGAAUGCGACCCGCUGACACGCGCGGACAAAGACUCACCACUCCACAUCGCCGUACGAUACGCCAACGAGAAAGACGAGGAGCUUGGGACCGAGAUGGUCAAGAUGAUGUGCGAGGCUGGCUGUGACCCUCGGGUGCGGAACAAGCAUGGCCAAAAACCCGCCGAUCUGGUCUUCAACAAGCCUGAGAUUAAGCAGACCCUUCAGCAGGCGGAGUACAUUUUGGCCGAGGGUAUCCAGAAUGAUGCGGACAAUGGCUCGGAACACGAUAGCGCCAGUGAUAGCGAAUAAGCCGAGUGCGGAUGUAAACCGUUCUCUUG